UUUUCGAAGCGGAAGCACACGCCCCCCCCCUUCCCGUCUCUCGCCCAAUCCCUUCCAACUAGAUAAUUCUCUUUGAGUUGAAUGAGUGGAGAAUGGACACCAACUGAAAGCUGCGAUUCAAAGGCAACAUAUUGAGAAAAGCAGCAUCGACGGGCAACACAAUCCCACCGGCCGCCACGGAAAAGAUGCAAGAAUGAGUCAACCUCAGCCGAAUGAGUUCCUUCCUCCCCCGGAGUGUCCUGUCUUUGAGCCCAGCUGGGAGGAAUUCGCUGACCCUUUUGCCUACAUUAACAAAAUACGGCCCAUUGCCGAGAAAACUGGCAUCUGCAAAGUCCGACCUCCGCCGGAAUGGCAACCUCCAUUUGCUUGUGAUGUUGACCGAUUGAAGUUCACACCACGCAUUCAAAGACUCAAUGAGUUGGAGGCUCAGACCAGAGUGAAACUGAACUUCCUGGAUCAAAUAGCAAAGUUUUGGGAGCUUCAAGGCUGCACCCUGAAAAUUCCCCAUGUGGAAAGAAAGAUUCUAGAUCUGUACCAGCUCAACAAGCUGGUGAAUGAGGAGGGAGGCUUCGAUGCCGUGUGCCGAGACCGCCGCUGGACUAAAAUCUCCAUCAAGAUGGGCUUUGCGUCAGGCAAGGCAGUCGGCUCACACCUGCGGGCCCACUAUGAGCGGAUCCUCUAUCCUUACAACCUGUUCCAGACUGGAGACAAUCUGCCAAGAGCCACCUUGACCAACGACACUAAAGACAAGGAGUACACCCCACAUGACCUGCCGCAGCGGCAGUCCGUGCAGCCCCAGGAGAUCUGCAGCAUAGCUCGCCGUGCAAAACGGAUGCGAUCUGAAAGAGGCUGUGGUAAAAGUGAACUCAGGGAAGUUUGUGAGAAUCGCCCCAAUCUCAGGAGGAGAAUGGGAACGUAUGUUGCCAAGCCAGAGCCUGUGAGAAUGGCCGUGAAAGAGGAGCUGGUUGAACAUAAAGUUGCUGUAAUUUGUGAAGAAACUGUGUUACAUACCACAAACGAUGGUACAACAAGUAAAGUGGAGCAAUACAUGUGCCUGGUGUGCGCCACAGGAAGUGAUGAGGACCGCCUGUUGCUGUGUGACGGCUGCGAUGACAGCUACCACAUCUUCUGUCUCAUACCCCCCUUACACGAGGUUCCCAAAGGAGACUGGAGAUGCCCCAAGUGCCUGGCGCAGGAAUGUGGCAAACCUCAGGUGGCGUUUGGCUUUGAGCAGGCCAGCAGGAGCUACACCCUGCAAGCCUUUGGAGACAUGGCCGAUUCCUUCAAAUCUGAUUAUUUCAACAUGCCAGUUCAUAUGGUUCCGACUGAGCUGGUAGAGAAGGAGUUUUGGCGUCUUGUCAGCACCAUCGAAGAUGACGUGACCGUAGAAUAUGGAGCGGACAUCGCCUCAAAGGAGUUUGGGAGUGGUUUCCCAGUGAAGAACAGCCAUUUUGAAGUGUCUCCAGAGGACGAGGUACGUUGGCGAUGUCACCGUGUACAUUUCAGAAAUAUACGACUCAUGCUUGUUCUUCAGCAUUACCUGAGAAGUGGCUGGAACCUGAACAACAUGCCUGUGCUGGACUCCUCGGUGCUGACUCACAUUACAGCUGACAUCUGUGGGAUGAAGUUACCCUGGCUCUACGUGGGCAUGUGCUUCUCCUCCUUCUGCUGGCAUAUUGAGGAUCACUGGAGCUACUCCAUCAACUACCUGCACUGGGGGGAGCCAAAGACCUGGUACGGCGCCCCUGGUUAUGCUGCGGAGCACUUGGAGUCGGUCAUGAAGAAACUAGCUACUGAGCUCUUUGAAUCGCAGCCAGACCUCCUCCAUCAGCUGGUGACCAUCAUGAAUCCCAACACGCUGAUGAACAACGGCGUUCCGAUCUAUCGCACCAACCAAUGUGCAGGAGAGUUCGUCAUCACCUUCCCCAGAGCCUACCACAGUGGCUUCAACCAGGGGUUCAACUUUGCUGAAGCUGUCAACUUUUGCACCAUGGACUGGAUGCCCGUCGGGCGAGAAUGUGUGAAGCAUUACCGGCAGCUCAGCAGGUACUGCGUCUUCUCCCACGACGAGAUGGUUUGCAACAUGGCGUGCAAAGCCAAACGGUUGGAUGUGGACCUGGCCUGCGCCGUGCAAAAGGAGAUGGCCGCCAUGGUGAAAGAAGAGGAGGAACUUGAAGAGAAGAUCAACAAGAUGGGGGUGGUGCAAACUCGGCAAGUGGAUUACGAGCAUCUCCCCGAUGAGGAGCGCCAGUGCUGCAAGUGUCGGACCACCUGCUACCUGUCUGGUAUCACCUGCCUCUGCAGUCCUGGCAAGAUGGUGUGCCUGUACCACGCCCGGGACCUCUGCUCCUGUCCCCUUGGCAACCUGACACUCCACUAUAAAUUUACACUGGAUGAUUUAUACUCCAUGAUGGCAUCAGUGACGCUGCGUGCAGAGUCUUACAAGGAGUGGCUGAGUGCCGUGCAGGACAUCCUGGAGAAGAAAGACCACAAAAAAAGAGGUCUGGAAGAGCUUCACAGCCUGGUGGAGCAGGCGGAGACCAGCGCAUUCCCACAGACCAACCUGAUGGAUCGACUGCGCGUAGUUGCCUUAGAGGCGGACAAAGUCGCUGUGGUGGCACAGCAGCUUCUCAAUGGGAAAAGGCAAACUAGAUAUCGCUCCUGCGGGGGCAAAUCUCAAAGCCAGAAGGAGUUGACCGCGGAGGAGCUGAGGUCCUUUGUGCAACAGUUGGACAAGCUACCGUGUAACAUCCGACAGGCGCCUUUACUGAAGGACCUCCUGACUCGGGUAGAGGAGUUCCAGCAGCGCAGUGAAAGACUCCUCUCUGACGACUCUCCUAACUCCGUGGAGCUUCAGGACCUGCUGGAUCUGAGCCUGGGCCUCGACGUGGACCUCCCCCAGUUGCCGCUACUCCGGGAGAGACUGGAGCAGGCCCGCUGGCUGGAAGCUGUGCGGCAAGCCAGCAGCCAGCCGGAUGACCUGGGUCUGGACACCAUGAGGAGGCUGAUCGACCAGGGGGUGGGCCUGUCCCCUCACAGCUCGGUGGAAAGAGCCAUGGCUCGUCUGCAGGAGCUCCUGACCGUGUCCGAGCAGUGGGAGGAGCGAGUUCUUGGCCUCAUGGAAGCCAGUCCAUACCACAGCAUUGAAACACUGGAUGCUGAGUUACAAGAAAUAGAGAACAUCCCUGCCUACCUGCCUAACUGCCUGCAGCUGAAGGAUGCCGUGCUAAAGGCUAAGAAGUGGCUGCAUGAAGCUGAAGCCCUCCAGCUUGGCGGGCGUAUUCCUGUGCUGGACAGCCUCUCUGAGCUGGUACUCAGAGCGGAGGGUAUCCCAGUGAGUCUGGACCCUCUGAGUCGACUGGAGGCACUGGUCAGUGACGUGCAGAUCUGGAAGGAAAGUGCUGCCAAAACAUUCCUGCUCAAAAACUCACCCUUUUCUCUUCUAGAGGUACUGUGCCCAAGAUGUGACAUAGAAGCGGGACUUCAAAGGUCAAGAGUUAAAAAAACAAAAGAGGGAACACAGACCAGUAAGAAAUCUUCCGUCAAACUGGACUCUCUCUACGACGUGGAAAGAGCUCUCUGUGAAAGCAAAGACUCUGCUUCUGCUAUGGCCACCCUUGCUGAGGUCCACCAUAAGGAGAUGGAGACCUUGUUGGCUCUGAGGGCGUUGAAUGAGUCCAAGCUUCUUCCUGCUGAGAACUCUUGUGCACUUAACGUGUGCGUUUGCCAAAAGGCGCCCUCGGGGGCCAUGUUGCAGUGCGAGCUCUGUCGAGACGUUUUCCACAGCGUCUGCAUUGUAGCACACCCAGACUUCAAGUAUGGCCACGUCUGGCUUUGCCCUCUUUGCCAGCGUUCAAGGAAGCCGCCCCUGGACAAGGUCCUGCCUCUCUUGGCCUCGCUGCAGAGGAUUCGGGUCCGACUGCCUGAGGGGGACGCACUGCGCUUUCUCAUCGAGCGGACGGUGCGAUGGCAGCACAGAGUUCAGCAGGCCUGCACGGAAGGAUUGUUGGACAAAGUGGGAAAACACGGAUCCAGAAUGUCCUGGCAUCAAGAAGAGGACUCUUUCUACACAGAGCAGCCGAGUGUUCCCGUCCAGGGACUUGGCCCGCAGCUGGAGGAGCUGAUGGUGGAGGGCUUCCUGCUUCAGGUCACGCUGCCUGAGACAGAGCAGCUUUACACCUACUUGCUGAGCAAACUGGCCCCUGUGCCCGCUCACAGCGGCCCCUGCAGGACAAGCACAGACGAUGAGGAGCUCAAGACGGAGCGCACAAAACUCCACAAAAAGACUGUAAGCUGUGCUCACAGAAAAGAGUCCGGGAGCGUUCAUAGCAAAAGGACCAAGCGGCGCAAGGAAAGCUCGGAGUCCCAGCACCCCGAGAAGGCCAAGAAGUGUUGCAAGAAGAAGUCUGGCAGGAGCAGUGAGAAGAUCAGGAGGAGCUGCUCUCCCACGAACGCAGCAUCAGAACCUGCUGCAUCCACGUCUGACUCUGACGAGGACUACUCCUUGUGUGCCGCGCCGUGGUGCAGGGAGCCGGAAGGAGAUGAGGUGAACUGGGUCCAGUGCGACGGCAGCUGCAACCAGUGGUUCCACCAGGUGUGUGUGGGACUGUCUGCGGAGCGAGCGGAGAAGGAAGACUAUAUUUGCAUAAGCUGCACACAGCCAGACUUCCACAGGGGGCAGUGAAGAGCAAGAAGUGACGUUGAAGGAUCACACCUGAACUCUUUACCUUUUACUUGUGGCUUGCCCUUAGUGACCACGGUGCUAAUCACUGCUCUCUCACGUUGCAAAGUCUGACACCUGGCUGCUUGUCCACUUAGUCUUCACCCAGAACGUUCCACGACAAAUGUUUCCAGAAGCAAGAAGGCAGGGAUUUUUCAAUUCAAGUCACACUUUAGACCUUUUUUUCCCCCCCUGGUUUCUGAAGGAUGUGAGCAUAGUUAACACAACAUCCUUUGUCAAAGCAAUAACUCAAUGAUUCUGCUUCCAUUCUAAGUGUGGAAGUGAAACCCUCGGAAAUCCACUUGAUGAAUUUGACCUUCAAAGUUGUCUCCGAUGAAGAACGUGAAUGAAAUUGGCCCUCAGCCCUUUACACUUCUGACUUGACUUCAAGUCUGCAGGUUCCCUUUUUUUCCGCUCUCUGGGGAAAACAUGUUUUUGUCAGCGUUUAGUGAGACUUGAGGUUCACAAAGAGAGAAUGACCUGUCCGACAUGAAAGGAAUGUACAUUUUAUUUUUGGGUGUGCUUUCCCUCUGAGAGUUAGGUUGGACAGACUGUGUUGGAUUUAGAAUUUAACACAGGUUGUGUGAUUUAUUUGCCACGAGUAUAUGACCUUUUUUCUGCUCUUUUGGUUAAAUAAUAUGAUAUGUUGCAGUUUGCGAUUUAAAAUAAAAAUGUUUGUUCCAAA